GUACAACAACUUGUUCAUGAGCUCCUUCUCUCUCUAGCUCUCUCUCUCUCCCUCCCUCUCUGAGCUUCAGAACUUUUCCAUCUCAAUUGUGUGGAGGGACAAAUUACCUUUUCUGAUUACAGUUCAAAAUGACUGAAAACGUGAGCAUUUCUGUGAAUGGACAAUCUCAAGUCCCUCCUGGUUUCAGAUUUCAUCCAACUGAAGAGGAGCUGUUGCAGUACUACUUAAGGAAGAAGGUCUCCAAUCAAAGGAUUGAUCUGGAUGUCAUCCGCGAUGUCGAUCUCAAUAAGCUUGAGCCGUGGGAUAUACAAGAGAAGUGUAAGAUAGGAACGACACCGCAAAAUGAUUGGUAUUUCUUCAGCCACAAGGACAAGAAAUACCCUACUGGAACUCGCACAAACCGUGCAACGGCUGCCGGAUUCUGGAAGGCCACUGGCCGUGACAAGGUCAUAAGCAGCAACUGCAGGCGGAUCGGUAUGAGGAAGACUCUUGUUUUCUACAAAGGCCGAGCUCCCCAUGGCCAGAAGUCUGAUUGGAUCAUGCACGAGUAUAGACUCGACGACAACAACAGCUGCAUAACUAGUGUCUCGAUCACGGUCGUGGGAGAGGCAGCAGAGGAGGGAUGGGUGGUUUGCAGAAUCUUCAAGAAGAAAAAUCUGCACAAAAGCUUGAGUACUCCAAUUCUGAGUUCUACUAUUUCUUCAUCUAUCACAACAGAACUUCCAAGAAGUUCAAGCCAAAUGUUUGAUGAUGAUGAUCACGAGGGAGCUUUUGAGGAGAUGCUUCAGUACAUGGGAACAAAGACCUGCAAGGAAGAAAUUACUGAUCAUCAUCUUCAUCCCAUUCACACAGGUAUCAGCAAUCACAUCAAUGGCUACCAUGAUCAUCAUAAUGAUAGGUUCCUGAAACUUCCAAGUCUCGAGAGCCCAAAAUCCACAAGCAGCCAGAACUAUUACCAGCCUAUUAUCAAUAAUCAUGAAGACAUGGUCAUAGAUCAGAAUGAAGGCACAGUUAUGAACCAGCAUCGACAUUACCAGCACGUGGACGACUCGGCCAGCCUCACCAACUGGGCAGCGCUUGAUCGUUUGGUGGCUUCACAACUGAAUGGCGGCCAGGAAACCGGGUCGUCUAGGCAAUUUGCUUGCUUAAUUGAACCCACCCUUAAUGCAUUUUGCACUAGUACCACUGAUAACGAACUCCAAUUACCAAGUACACUACGAUCCUCAUCAUCAUCGAAUUCAUCCAGCAAAUCAUACCAUGCCACCCAACAGGACUACUACACCAACGAAAUCGACCUGUGGAGUACUUUUGCUGCUGCAAAACUGCAAUCAUCAUCACCUUUGUCAUCCUCCGACGAAUUAUACCACGUGUCGAAUGGUCAUAUAUAA